AUGCUAAAUAUGCGUUCUACUCCUUCCAUUGUUGAAUUUAACAAUAUUUUAGGUUUCCUCGUUAAGACUAACAAUCAUUACGCCACUGCCAUUUCCUUUUAUCAACAAUUGGAAUUCAAUCAAAUCAAACCAUGUCUUGUUACUUUAAACACUCUCAUCAAUUGUUAUUGCCACACUGGUCGAAUGGGGUUCGCUUUUUCUGUAUUUGCUAAGAUUCUCAAAAUUUGUUAUCAGCCUGAUAUCAUUACUUUGACUACUCUUAUCAAGGGUUUGUGUCUUAACCGAGCCGUGAAAAUGUUGAGACAAAUUGAUGGCAAGUUGGUCAAUGUGGAUGUGGUAAUGUACAGCAUCAUAAUUGAUAGUUUGUGUAAAGAUAAAUUAGUAACGGAUGCCUAUGAGUUAUAUCUUGAAAUGAUUGCAAAGAAACUUUCUCCCGAUGUUGUCACUUUCAGUGCUCUUAUAUAUGGAUUUUGUAUUGUUGGUCAAUUGAAAGAAACAUUUGGCUUGUUCCAUGAAAUGAUAUCAAAAAACAUCAACCCAAAUGCUUAUACUUUUAAUAUAUUGGUUUAUGCUCUUUGUAAGGAAGGAAAUCUGAAAGAAGCUAAGGAAAUGUUAAGCGUGAUGAUGAAAAAAGGUGUAACACCUGAUGUUGUUACUUACAAUUCAUUAAUGGAUGGGUAUUUCCUAGUUAAAGAAGUGAACAAGGCCAUAAAUAUAUUCUAUACUCUGGCUCGAAGGGGAGUGGCUCCUAAUGUUUGUUCUUAUAAUAUAAUGAUCAAUGUGUUAUGUAAGAGUAGAAUGGUGGAUCAGGCCAUUAAUCUCUUUAAAGAAAUGGGUAGCAACAAUAUUAUUCCUGAUUUGAUGACUUACAAUACCCUUAUUGAUGGUUUGUGUAAAUCAGGGAGAAUCUCCUAUGCUUGGGAACUUGUUCUUGAGAUGCAAGAUAAUGGUCAACCACCCGAUAUAUUCACUUACAAUUCUGUAAUACACGCUCUAUUCAAAAACCAUCAUGUUGACAAAGCUAUUGCAUUAGUCAAGAAAAUUAAAGACCAGGGCAUUCAACCAAAUAUGUGCACAUACAGGAUACUUCUAGAUGGACUAUGCAAAGGAGGACAACUUACGAACGCAAAAGAUGUUUUUAAGGAUCUUUUGACUAAGGGUAAUAGUCUAGGUAUCCAAACAUAUAAUAUUAUGAUCAAUGGACUUUGUAGAGAGGGCUUGUUUGAUGAAGUAGAGACCUUGUUCUCCAAAAUGGAACACAAUGGUAUCACUCCUGAUGCUAUAACUUAUGAAACUAUUAUAGGUGCUCUCUUUUAUAAAAAUGAGAAUGAAAAGGCCGAGAAACUUCUCCGUGAAAUGAUUACUAGAGGUCUACUUGAAGUGCAACUCUAG